AUGGCUACAGUGAGAAUUGUUGUUUGCGGCGACGAGGGCAGCGGGAAGUCCAGUUUAAUCACAUGCCUGGUGAAGGAUACUUUUGUCAGCAACCGCAUUCAGCCAGUACUUCCACAGAUUACAAUCCCUCCCACCUUAGGCACCCCCGAGAAUGUCACGACAACCAUUGUUGAUACGUCGGCUCUGCCUCAGGAGCGACCAAAUCUUGCACGGGAGAUACGAAAGUCCAAUGUCAUACUCCUGGUAUACGCGGAUCAUUACAGCUAUGAGAGGGUUGCUUUGUUUUGGCUACCAUACUUCCGCUCGCUUGGGGUGAAUGUACCAGUGGUGUUAUGUGCAAACAAAUCAGAUCUCGCGGCCAAUGGUACCCCAACACAAAUAGUGGAGGAAGAAAUGCUGCCGGUCAUGGCCGAGUUCAAGGAAAUAGACUCCUGCAUUCGAACAAGCGCCCGCGAGCAUUAUAAUGUCAAUGAAGCAUUUUUCCUCUGUCAGAAAGCUGUAACACAUCCAAUUGCUCCCUUGUUUGACUCGAAAGAGUCAGUUCUGAAGCCUGCAGCUAUUGCAGCUCUGCAAAGAGUUUUCUACCUGUGUGACAAAGAUAAGGACGGGUUCUUGAAUGAUAAAGAAAUGGAAGACUUCCAAAGCAAAUGCUUUGGCAAACCUCUCAACAAGGUAGACCUGGACCACAUCAAACAAACCAUCUCUCGGAUCUCGCCAAAUGCCAUCUCUACCUCCGGUAUCAGCCCUCGAGGUUUUCUCCUACUCAACAAGUUGUAUGCCGAGAAAGGUCGUCAUGAGACGGUCUGGGCUGUUUUACGCACAUUUCAGUACACAGAUAGCCUGUCCUUGCAAGAAUCUUUUCUUCACCCAAACUUUGGCGUACCCGAUUUCGCAUCUGCCGAGCUAUCGCCCGCCGGAUAUCGUUUCUUCGUCGAUCUAUUCCUGACUUCGGACAGAGACAAUGACGGCGGGCUUAGCGAUACCGAGCUGGCCUCGCUAUUCGCACCCACUCCUGGCAUCCCAUCAUCCUGGCUUGAAGAUGCAUUCCCUACGUGCACUGUGCGCAACGAGGCUGGUCAUGUCACUCUGCAAGGCUGGCUUGCUCAAUGGUCAAUGACUACAUUUACAUCUCCUAAGACAACCCUGGAAUACCUCGCAUACCUAGGGUUUGAGUCUUCAGACCGAUCAAACCUGACAACAACCGCCGCAUUGAAGUUGACUAAAGCGCGCAAGCGGCGUCAACGUCCAGGUAGGACUGGUCGUAAUGUUGUCCUUUGCCACGUUCUUGGUGCUUCAGGGUCUGGCAAGUCUUCCCUGCUUGAAGCGUUUCUAGCUAGGCCAUUUAGUGCCACCUACCACCCGACGAUCAAGCCUCGUGUUGCGGUGAACACUGUCGAGCUUCCUGGUGGCCGGCAAUGCUACCUGAUAUUGAACGAGCUUGGUGAGCUUGAGCCGGCCAUACUUGAAAACAAGAGCAAGCUUCUGAGCCAAUGCGAUGUGGUUGCAUACACCUACGACUCCUCAGAUCCGGACUCCUUCUCAUAUAUACCCGCUGUUAGAGCUAAAUAUCCUCACCUUGAAGAUUUGCCGGCUGUGUAUGUUGCGCUGAAGGCAGAUCUGGACCGCACUACCCAGCGAGCCGAAUCACAACCAGAUCACUAUACCGCGCAAAUCCAAAGGAUGCCUCAAGGCCCACCACUCCACACAAGUGUGACCUGGCAUUCCAUACAGGAGCUGUUUGUCACUCUUGCGGAAGCUGCCCUAGAGCCAGCUACAGCCUUCCCACGUAGCCUCGAGGAAGAGAAUGAUGCUAAGUGGAUGAGCUAUGCAAUCGCUUUGGGCGCUGUUGUCUGUGCUGGUGCUGCAGCAGUAGUAAUUUGGCGUCGAGCAACCAGCGGCAACGCUGCUUGA